UUGGCGAGGCGGUAGCAUGGCGGGCGAGGGCCCGAAGAGGCGCGCGUCGGCGGCCCCUGCGGCGGCCGAGGAGGAGGAGCUGCAGGCCAGAGAACGGAUGCUGGCGGCGAAGCGAACCGAGGGCGCGGAGGGCGCUGGGGGCGAGGGCGUGACCCUGCAGCGCAACAUAACGCUGAUCAACGGCGUUGCCAUCAUCGUGGGCACCAUCAUCGGCUCGGGCAUCUUCGUGACGCCCACCGGAGUGCUCAAGGAGGCGGGCUCUCCCGGGCUGGCGCUGGUGAUUUGGGCCGUGUGUGGUGUCUUCUCGAUCGUGGGCGCCCUCUGUUAUGCUGAACUGGGCACCACCAUCUCCAAAUCGGGCGGUGACUAUGCCUACAUGCUCGAGGUCUACGGCUCGCUGCCCGCCUUCCUCAAGCUCUGGAUCGAGCUGCUCAUCAUCCGGCCCUCCUCGCAGUACAUCGUGGCGCUCGUCUUCGCCACCUACCUGCUCAAACCGCUCUUCCCUACCUGCCCGGUGCCCGAGGAGGCCGCUAAGCUCGUGGCCUGCCUCUGCGUGCUGCUGCUCACGGCCGUGAACUGCUACAGCGUGAAGGCUGCCACCCGGGUCCAGGAUGCCUUCGCUGCCGCCAAACUCCUGGCACUGGCCUUGAUCAUUCUGCUGGGCUUCAUCCAGAUCGGGAAGGGUGAUGUAUCCAAUCUGGAUCCCCAGUUCUCAUUUGAAGGCACCAAGCUGGACGUGGGGAACAUCGUGUUGGCGUUAUACAGCGGCCUCUUUGCCUAUGGGGGAUGGAAUUAUUUGAACUUUGUCACAGAGGAGAUGAUCAACCCCUACAGAAACCUGCCCCUGGCCAUCAUCAUCUCCCUCCCCAUCGUCACCCUGGUGUACGUGCUGACAAACCUGGCCUACUUUACCACGCUGUCCACUGAGCAAAUGCUGACAUCAGAGGCCGUGGCCGUGGACUUCGGGAACUACCACCUGGGCGUCAUGUCCUGGAUCAUCCCCGUCUUCGUGGGCCUGUCCUGCUUCGGCUCCGUCAACGGGUCCCUCUUCACGUCCUCUAGGCUGUUCUUUGUGGGGUCCAGGGAGGGCCACCUGCCCUCUGUCCUCUCCAUGAUCCACCCGCAGCUCCUGACGCCCAUGCCUUCCCUCCUGUUCACGUGCAUCAUGACCCUGCUUUACGCCUUCUCCAGCGACAUCUUCUCCGUCAUCAACUUCUUCAGCUUCUUCAACUGGCUGUGUGUGGCCCUGGCCAUCAUCGGGAUGCUGUGGCUCCGCUACAAGAAGCCGGAGCUGGAGCGGCCCAUUAAGGUGAACCUGGCACUGCCCGUGUUCUUCAUCCUGGCCUGCCUGUUCCUCAUCGCCGUCUCCUUUUGGAUGACCCCCGUGGAGUGUGGCAUUGGCUUUGGCAUAAUCCUCAGCGGCCUGCCGGUCUACUUCCUCGGGGUCUGGUGGAAAAACAAGCCCAAGUGGCUCCUCCAGGGCAUCUUUUCCACGACGGUCCUUUGCCAGAAGCUCAUGCAAGUGGUCCCCCAGGAGACGUAAGGGAGAAGAGCCGGGAGCUGGCAGACGGAAAGCGCUCAACGAUCAUUGUAAACCAACUCGCCCGCCUGUGAAGCCACCCGUUCUGUCAUCCAGGCAGCUCAGCUGAGCGCCCGUCCAUCCCUCUGCCAGGUCGGGUGCCGGGGCCACUGUGAAAACUGGUACGAAUUGAGUCCCAGAAGACGACCUUUCAUCAAUACCUCCUCAAGAGUGAGGCACGAAUGUCGAACUGAGAAGAGGCUGGGCCCUCUGACCGACCUGGACGUGUUGCCACGUUGGGCCCUUGUCCCUUCUAACCUUUGUUUAUUUGUAUUAUUUUUUUAACUUAAAUUUUGGGUCAAGUUGACACCACCAAGAUGAUUAUUUUUUAAAGAACUCUGGGAGGGCAGGCAGGGAGAAUCUUGUCCCUUAACACUGCCAGCAGCAUGAUGUGCCUCAGGGACCAGGUCCUGUCAUUAGGUGAGACCCCCAGCGCCACCUGCAGGCAGCCUCGGGGGAGGGAUUCUGAGAGCCAGACACUCCAGUUGCCAAUGAGCCGCGGAGACACGGCCUCGGAGUAUGGAGAGCGGGCUCGCACCGACAGACAUGUGCUUGGCUUCCUUAUUUUUUUUCUUUUUGUUAAUAGAUGUAGCGACAUUGGGAAAACUAACCCUGGGCUUACGUCUCUACCUUAAAGACCUGAGGUAGAUCCGUCCCUCCCUGACCCCUAGAAAGAAGAGAAAGUCUCAGUGAAACGGCCAUCUCUGGAGAGGUUUGCAGGAGAAGAAGAGUUGAGCUUAUUCUGACGACAGCCCCAGCUCCACAGAAAGUGGUUCCCGUGCCAGGUGUUUGUGGCUGGUGGAGCUCCUGGUGGAGGUCAUGGGCACCUGGAUGAUCCCGGAGCUCCCUCCAGGACGUGCAGGGCGGGGCCAGACCCUGGUCACUCAGGAUGCCACGGGGCUCCUGACUGUGCGUCUCGCCCUGUGUGACAGCCUGAGCAAAGGCACAAAGACGGGAGGGUUUGGCAUCUCCCGUGGGCAGGCAGUGGGCAGCACACCAGGCCUGGCCUGCAGGUAAUGCAGCCUCCCGACCUGUUCUGUGUUCAGUUUGGGAGCCAACUCUGUUUCUCUCAGACAAAGCCCCAGGCUUGAGACCUAGAAACAGAUGCGACACGAAGGCAGACACAGACCCCUGACGGGCUUCUCAUCCAGGUCCCCCAAGGCAGCCCCUCCCAGGGUCCACAGAAUUGGCUGGAUGGCUGGGUGGCAACCCCAACAGGCUGUCCGGGGCUGGCUCCUAGCUCCUGGCCGGGACGCCAUUGUCCCCGCCCGCCAGCGACAUGGCCUGUCCCAGACUCCGUUCCAAUCAGCAGAAGGCAGAGCCAAGCCUACCUCACUGCUCCAACUCUGCACCUGCUCCGGAGGCCACCCUGCCUCUCCAGACCGGCUGUGCUAGCAGGCUUUGUCCCUGUGGCUCCUGUGGUGUCCCCCCGAGGGGGCCGCUGAGGCCGGGCCAGCGGGUCUGGGCGCUGGCUGGCUUCCCCGAGUCGUCACUUCCUCCAGGCUCCUGUCGUAGGUGCUGGCGGCUCUGCCUUGGCCUCUGACCACCUACGUUCCCCCAGUGGGAGGUUGAACUGAGCUCUCGGGCACCAGGCCUCAUUGCUCGGCCACACGAGCUUCGAGUGGCCGUUCGGCCUGCUGCCACCGCCUCGGCUCCGGGGGCACUUGGGCCUUGUGGGAUAUGGGGAGCCAGGCCCUGUCCCAACCAUAGUGGCCUCCCCAGAGGCCUUCCUCGGCAGCCUGCAGACAGGCGUGGGAACCCCCGGUGAGUGUCAUGGGGGACUGAGGCAGUGUUACCCCUGCAGGGGAUCACUGGGGCCCCAGGGUUCCCUUUCCACAUUGAGGUGGGGGCUGGAGUGGGCCCUGAGAGGUCAAAGGUAGCCCUGAAGUGUGGUUCUCCGUAGCAUCUGGGCGGGGACCUCUGCCGAAGGCGGGUAGGGCGCCCAGUCUGUGUUUCUUAGGGCUGUACCUCCUGACUCAACCCAGCCCGGGCACCCACCUCAGACACAGGGACUGUCCAGGGCCGCAUCCCAAGGUGCUCGCCAGCAGACACCCCAGGGCCCUGCCGUGUCGGCAUCAGGAGGGGCAAGACUUCUCUAUCUGACCAUUCUACUGACAAGUGUCCUGAGCGUUCACAUUUGUGGGGGUUAAUUUUUCUUUUUUUUUUUUAACCAAACCUUGAUGUAACCAGCAAGCAUUUGUCCAGAUGUUCGGCUGUUCUGUUUUGUCCUGAGGUCCCACUAACGUCGAGGAUGCUGUUCGCGCCGUGUUUAUUUAUUUGCAGGGUCAGUUCGUCCUGGCUUCUCCGGCAUGUCUUUGCUGUCUCAUGUCCCCAUCAGUGCUGUCCACGUGCAUUGUCAUCGCCGGGCCGAAGACCACGGUGUGGCUUCCACAUCUCUUUCUCUUCUCGUGUGAAUGGCUAACCUGUAACACUUGGCUGGUUAGGGGUGGGGAGUUCUGUUUUCUUUAUGUGUGGGGUUUUUUUGUUUUGUUUAGUUUUUUAAAGAAAAAUGAUCAGAAUUACAAA